CGGUGGGACCGAACAUGGCGAGGUUGCUUGCGGGUAAUCAAACUAUAGGGAUUUCCUUUCCUGAGAAGCAGAAGUCGCCUAUCUGUCUUUCGAUCGCUCCCCCGUUUGUCCAGCUGUUGGGAUUCGAAGGCGAAGUGGGCACUUCUCAACCUUUCUCUAUCUGGGUUCCUCUUUUUACCGGGCAGAGAGCAGACUGCAGAUAAGACCCGACCCUUGGGUGUCCCUCAAAGAUCAGUAUCCCGCUCCUUCAAGUCGCGAUCCGACUCCAACUCUUCUGCCCUUUCGUCUGAAGAGUGACAAGCCAACGCCAUGGACUACUCCAACGAGCCCGCCGGCCCCGGCGCCCGCUUCCUCUACAAAAUCGUCAAGAACGAUGCCAUGAAGCAGGAUCCACCGCAAAUCUAUGGAUGGCGCUCUUUCAUGAUGGCAUGCUCUGCCUGCUUCGGAGGCAUGCUUUUCGGCUUUGAUAUCGGCACCAUCGGCGGCGUGCUCACACUUCCCGCUUUUAUGGACAAAUACGGCCUCACACAAUUGGACAAAGUCGGCCAGGCCAACCUGUCGGCUAACAUCGCGUCGACGCUACAGGGCGGAUGUUUUGUCGGCUGCUUCGUGGCGUCGUGGAUUGCGGAACGUUGGGGACGGAAGACUAGCUUGAUUUUCAAUGGUCUGGUUACGAUUGUUGGAUGCGUUAUCCAAUCGUGCAGCUUUGGAAGCCUUGCUUCCAUGUAUGUUGGUCGUCUUGUAGCUGGCCUCGGUGUCGGCGGUGCCUCCAUGGUCGUCCCUCUUUACAUCUCCGAGAACGCACCUCGCGCUAUUCGCGGCGGUCUGACCGGCAUCUAUCAACUCUUCAUCGCCGCGGGAACUAUGCUCGCCUUCUGGGUCAACUACGGCGCUAUCCUGCACAUCCACGGCGCCGCCGUCUACAUUGUGCCGCUCGCACUCCAGGCCCUGCCCGCCGUGCUCCUCGUAGGCUGCAUGAUGCUGAACAAAGAGUCGCCGCGCUGGCUCGCCAAAGCCGACCGCUGGGAGCAAGCCACCACCGUGCUCGCCCGCCAGCGCAACCUGUCCCCCACGCAUCCCUACGUCCAGGGCGAGCUGAAGGAUAUCAGCGACCAGCUCGAGCACGAGCGCAUGCUCAUCGGCGGCUCCACGACCAAGGACCUGCUCCGCGAAAUGUUCACCAUCCCGGGCAACCGCAAGCGCGCCCUCAUCUCCAUCGGCCUGAUGAUCUGCCAGCAGAUGACGGGCACCAACGCAAUCAACUACUACGCGCCGCAGAUCUUCAAGAACCUCGGCCUGCAGGGCGAUGAGACCAAGCUCUUCGCCACGGGCAUCUACGGCGUCGUCAAAAUGACUACCUGCGCCGCCUUCCUGCUCUUCGCUGCGGACUCGCUCGGUCGCCGCAGAUCGCUCCUCUGGACGAGCAUCGCGCAGGGCUCGGCCAUGCUGUAUAUCGGCUUGUACGUGCGGAUUAGCCCGCCCGUUGAUGGCGCCGCGGUGCCGCCUGCGGGCUACUUCGCACUGGUGUGCAUAUUCCUGUUCGCGGGCUUCUUCCAGUUCGGCUGGGGCCCCGUGUGCUGGAUCUACGUGUCCGAGAUCCCAACUGCGCGCCUCCGGUCGCUCAACGUAGCCAUCGCAGCGGCGACGCAGUGGCUGUUCAACUUCGUGGUCGCGCGCGCAACGCCGAACAUGAUGGCUACGGUUGGUUCUCACGGCUACGGCGCCUUCAUCAUCUACUCCUGCUUUUGCUACUCCAUGUUCUUCUUCGUGUGGUUCCUGAUCCCCGAGACCAAGGGCCUCUCGCUCGAGAAAAUGGACGACCUGUUCGGCGUCACGGAGCUGGUCAAGCACCUCGAGGAGGACCGUGAGGCGCACGCGCAUGCGGCGUCGACCACGACCGAGAUCGGGCUUGAUGGGAAGGAGGUCAAGGAGGAGAGGCGGGAGGUUGCGCCCGAGGAGAAGACUGGUCAUGCGUAGUUGGAGUUGGUUGGGGGAUACGGGCUUGGCGCCUGCCUUGGGGCGUUGGGGCUUAUGUCUUGUUGAAGCUUGUUUGUGUGGUGGUGGGUGGGCAGCUACAUACCAGGCUGGCGUUUGUGGGCGAAGUAGCUGAAGUGUGGCAAUAAUGAGAUUAUGAGUUCUUGCAUCGUUCUCAGUCUUCAAACU